CGCUGGUGAACGUAACGGAAAAGUCGUCGCCUGUUGAAUAUAAUACUACGUAUACAUUCUAUUUACUUGACUCGGCUCGCCUCGUUUCGUUUUUAUUUCUUGUUUUUUUUUUUGUUUGUUUUUGUUAUUGUUUUGUAUCUCAACUUUACUACAGCAUAACAACCAAAACAACAACAGCGGGCGAACAACAAACUACAACAAACAGAGAAGGAGGGAAAACCAUUUACAAAAAUAAAACAGUGGUAAUCACUGAUUCCAGGACUUGAUUGCACUUAUCCAUCCGUCCAGUAAUGCAACAACCGUACAAAAAGCCCUCAGCGCUCAACUAACCCAAGACCCAUCCAAAUCCUCGCCGAAGGCGGCCACAAUUCCAAGAUGACCGACAAUGGGAACCAUUAUAAUAAUAACAAUAACAACAACAAUGAGGCAUCGAGACUGAGAGCACCCGAGGCUGAGCAGGCGGAGCAGCUGCUGCCCAAGAAUGGAUCAGCGGGCCAGACGAAGAAAGCACCUCCUCCUCCCACCCAUAUCCAUACCCAAUCCCAGCCAGCUCAGAUUAUUCCAGCGAAAGAAUCGCAUCCGGCAAAGAAGAGGCGAGACAAGAGCGAUCUGGGGGAAGAUUUUGUGGCACCCGAUGGAGGAUGGGGUUGGCUGGUGUCCGUCGCCAGUGGCGUUAACAUUCUGGUAACGUUCGCCUUGGCCCAGCAGUUCGGUAUUCUUUUCCGCGAUCGUAUGGAAGGUCUAGGAAUCUCCAGCUCCGAACUGACCACCAUCAUCAACACACAGAUCGCUGUGUCUGCAUUUACGGGUCUGCUGAACGGCCCGCUUUUCCGACGCUACACAUAUCGAGUGGUGGCCCUGGUUGGAUCCGUUCUGACCUUUCUGGGCCUCUUCUGGAUGGUAUUCGCAGACACCUUCACCAUCUACAUACUGAGCUUCUCGAUCCUGUACGGAUUUGGCCGAGGACUGACGGUAUCCGCCUCCUCCCUGGCGGUCAACACAUACUUCAAGGUGAAGCGACGCACGGCGACGGCAUUCCAAUUCGGAGUGGCAGGCCUGGGACCGAUUGUGUGUCCCUACUUCGCCACCUAUAUGCUGUACGAGUUCGGAGUCCAGGGAACCACCCUUCUGUUCGCCGGCGCCUCCCUACACACGAUCGCCUGUUCGCUGAUCUACCAGCCUGUCAAGUGGCAUGUGGUGAAGCGGGAUCGCGAUGCAGAGGCACUGCAGCAGGUUCAGCCGUUGGCCGAGCGCGAGGAUCAGGAUGAAGAUAUUAUCAAGAAUGUCGUUGAGCCGGAAACCCCGGUGCUGCCCCGAGCCAAUGACGGUUGGUUCGGCUCGAGGGCCUCUCUGAAUAGUGUGGGUACUCGCAAUCGCCUGAAUUCAUGGGAUAAGUCGGAUGGGAAUGGUCAUGUGGAGCUCAAGAGGCUAAGCAGUAGAGACUCGAAUACUGGGCGCCAGUUCCGCAGCAUUUCCGUCAGUCACAGCAUAAAGGAAGAGGAGGCCUUGGGCUACCAUUCGGAUCAUGAGGUCGUCCACCAAGGACAUCCGGUCCACCAGUUCCCCGCCACCGAGCUAACCGAGAAGGAGAAACAAGAGCUGGAGGACGAGGCGGAACGUCAGCGACGCAAGAAACUGCCAUUCUACAUGAAAGUGGUGAUCUUCUUCGACAUGGAUUUACUGCGGGAUAUUACCUAUGUCAACCUGGCCGUGGGCAUAACGCUGAUCAACUUUGUUGAGGUAAACUUUGCCAUCCUGACACCCUUUAUCCUAGGCGAUCUGGGCUUCAACAAGAGUCAGGUCGCCUUGGCCAUGUCCACACUGGGAUUCUUCGAUUUGAUCGUGCGAUUCCUCAUUCCGGUGAUCACGGCCAAGAUAAACCUAAGCAAUCGUACCUUCUUCGUGGUGGGCAUCCUGGGCAUGUGCGUGGGCCGUAUGUUCCUCUCAAUGACCACAAACUUCUACGUAAUGAUGGGCAUCUUUCUGUGGCUGGGCCUGAACAAGGCCUUUCGCACGGUCUUCUGGUCACUGAUCAUUCCCGGCUAUGUGCCGCUUAAGAGAUUGCCAGCGGCUGCUGGUCUACAGCUGCUCAUGUCCGGCACCUUUUCGAUGAUUUUUGGUCCGCUGAUUGGUCUGAUCCGGGAUCACACCAGCUAUGCGGUGACCCUUAAUCUGUUGAAUGCGCUUUGCGUGAUGGCCUUUGCCGGCUGGUACCUAGAAGACUUUAUCCGCGCCCGCUCAAAAAAAUCGCCACCCGUCAAGUCCAUUGACUGAUGAGAUCGAACAUUCAGUGCCAGCAAUUCCAAGGCCAAAUUGGUUCCCCACAUCCAUCCUAACUUUAGCAAAAUGUUAUUCUUGUUAUCGCAUUUGCCCAGUGCCUUUUUUUUAUCUUAUGUAAACUAUAUUCUGCGUGUACAUUGUGUAUAUACUAUUCGAAGUGUAGCGAAUUAACUGUAUUAAAUAUCUGUAACUGUUAAUUAAUAUGCAUAAGCUGUCAAAAAGUUAAAUUAAAA